AUGGCUAUUACACCCGAUACCCCAGAGAACGCUGCCAGGGAAACCUUACGCUGCCUUCGGAGCGUUGCAGAGUUCCAACAAAUUCGAUUACUUGUGGCCGGUGAACUCGCCGUUAGGAGGUAUCUCCCUGGUCAUCCGGUACAGGAGAAAGAGAAAGUUGAAUUUCUCGUCUUUCCUGGGGAUGGGUUCGACCAUCGGGUGGACGAGCUUCCCUCCGGGGUUUCGGACCUGCUGAAACUGAAACUACUGUCCAUGGACCCAGAAAAUUUUCAGCAACGACUUGGCUUCCUCGAAUUCAAAGGUAGGCCCAUUCGCUUCAUACCAAAGGAAAUAUUACCCUACGUUCCGCAAGGAACACAAACCAUUGCGGAGACCAGCAUUGGUGAUCUACCGUAUACCACCGCUGUAGAUACGCUUAUUUACAUGGUUAUCAGUUACUCCAUCCAUUUGGGAAGUCAACCGCCAGAUAUAUAUGUUACAACAGUCACGGGUUUCAUCCAAAUCCUCCAAUCACAGGGACCGAUCAUUUUCUCGCCCCAGCAGGAGGAAUGUUUGGCUAGCUCAUUAGACUGGCUUGCGAGCAAUGGUAUCUGGGGCAGAGAGUGGUGGAGGCAGCGUCUUCGCCUUCCCUGA